AUGAACGGUCCAUUAUUCAGUAAGAGCGAUAGGGAAUUAUUUAACCGAUUAAAUGCAUCCAUACAUGGCAAAAAUGGAAGGCACGCACGGGAUGAUACUCUUUCAUACUACACCUCUUUGAAGAACCGCUUAGGUGCAACAAAGUACGAUGGUAGUUCUAAUUCGCUAUCUACAAGAAGCAGCUCUAUGGACAGUGUUAAUUCACUAUGUACUAACAGCAGCAGUUCUAUGAAUAGUUUAAAAGAAAAACCUAAAGGAAUGAGGCAUCGUGACAAUUUUGACCAAUCAAACGAUUCUUUAAACUUGCACAAUUUUGAUGAUCAUGACGACGACUAUGCUGAUAACGUGUCCACAGACACUUACUCAUGCAAGAGUGAAUAUACUGGUACGGAUUACUACGAUUCGGAUGAUGCAUUUUACAAUGUAAUGUAUGAGAAUAGUGGAUAUGAACGGGCAGAGACAAAAACAGGAGUACAUUUACCCAUGCUGGAUGAAUAUUUUAUUAAGGACUACACAAAUUAUACCACUUUUAAAAAUUCCUACAGGAAAAAUAGUGUAAAGGAGAAAAUAUAUAAACAUAUGCCAUUCCUACGCAAGUUCUUUAAGGAAAUCGAUACUGAAGUCGAGUCAGAAAUUAGGCGUUAUUUGGACAUUAAGGAGAGAGAAAAGCAAAAUUACCCAGUCAGAAAAGUAAAAGGGACACAAAAAAUUUUUAAUUUUCUCAGCAAAUACCGAGCUUUCAUUCCGCUUGUUGUGCUUGGAAUAUUUUCCCUAUUCCUGCUAUCUUCUGUGCGUAUACAAUUCCUCGCUUUUUCACCCAUAUUGUCCCUUUUAGUUUCAGCUUCGACCUACUGGGCAACCCCUCUUCCGAUACUCCUUGUCAUAUCCUCUGUAUUUUACUUUAUGAUAUUGGUUUGGCUUGGUGGAUAUGGACUUUUGGUAUUCCACUUUGUGCGCAAAUUAAAAAAAAUAAAACGCUUAAGAAGACAUAUAAAAGAAUUUGGGGCCAUGAGAAAUGAGGACGACGACUAA